CGCCCGCACACGCGAUGCAUGCCGGCACCUAGCGCACCGCGCGCGGGCCUCAUGGGCACCGUGCUGAGCUUCAGCCCGCGCGAGCGGCGCGCCCCCGGGCCGCCGCCGCCGGACCGCGCCGCGCUCGCCUUUUCCUACGAGCGCCUCACCAAUGCCAAGAACCGCGAGAACCGCGACCCGCCGCGCGACGAGCGCCGCGCCACCAUCGACGACGCCGCCCGCAUCAUCUCCGAGAAGACCGCGCUCGAGAAGAACCUCAAGAAGCACUCGCUCUUCAUCAACGCGCUGUCCUGGAAGCGGUUCUCGACCGCCAACAACAACAAGAAGAAAUUGGAAUGCAAGAGCCGGAGCGUAGCGACGUUCCGGCCGCCGCCGGACAACGCGCCGGCGGACCGGAACCGGAACGUGCCGGCGUUCCGGCCGCCGGCGCCGGACGCGGCACGCGCGAACGCGCUCAACAACAACGUCUGCUGCGCGGAGAAGGUGGCGCCGCGCAAGACGGUGAUCCAGGCGUCGACGUCGGAGCUGCUCAAGUGCCUGGGGCUGUUCCUGCACGCGCGCUGCCCUCGCCUGCGGGACUUCCAGGCCGGCGACGCCGUCAUGUGGCUUCGCACCGUCGACCGCAGCCUGCUGCUGCAGGGCUGGCAGGACGUGGCGUUCAUCAACCCGGCGAACGUGGUGUUCGUGUACAUGCUGGUGCGGGAGCUGGUAGACGCCGACAUAGCGCGACCGCAGCAGCUGCAGGCCGUCGUGCUCACCGCCCUCUACCUCUCCUACUCAUACAUGGGGAACGAGAUCUCCUACCCCUUAAAACCCUUUCUCGUCGAAGACUCCAAGGACAAGUUCUGGGACCGAUGCCUCCUAAUUGUCGACCGGCUGUCCUUCAACAUGCUGAGGAUCAACUCCGAGCCGGGGUUCUUCACGGAGGUGUUCACGGAGCUGAAGGCGUGUGGCGAGGGCGCGCUGGCUCCGCCUCCGCCCGCCCCCGCGCCGCCCCCGCCCCCCGCCUGACGGUCGGACGUGGCCGUGCUCCGUUUGGCGCUGGCCGACCGCCCUAGCCGCGUCUGAUGCCGGCUCACCACCCUUGGUCAAUCGUUGGUGUGGACGACCGACCAGCCUCUGGGUGAAAGGCGAUAACGAAGUUAGAAAGAUGAGUACCGAGUAGACAGUGGAAUUUGUCAAUCCGAGUUUACCGAGGACUAACCGCGUUUAGCGACGAGUUAAUCUGGUCGCUAAACGUGGUUAGUCCUGAUCGCGUUGAGAGUUUUCGACAUUUAAUUUGCCGCUAGGUGGCAGACCCCAACACAAAUCGUCGUCUGGUUUGGUUCAAUGAAAAAUUCUUAUUAGCAGUUUUUGCGUUUUCAAAAACUGUUAAUAAGAAUUUUCCGAUACUUAUCUACCUACCACCUGCCACCAGGCGGAGUCACGGAAGACUAUUGCUACACAAUAUUUCGUGUCUAAACAGUUAUAAUGAACACUCAAUACUCGAACUCGAAUUUAAAAACCCUUGCUAAUCGCAGUUUUGUGAUUCACCUAAUGUAAAAUUAAGUUCUGCCACGUAUGCGAUCUCCACUCUACGAAUUCUUUAACUUGAAACUAUUUCUAACUUCGUUACCGUAUCGAUGUAAGUAGUUUAAAUCGAUGUAAGCUCCCACAGGGGGUUAGGUUCAUGCGGAUGUAAGCGAGGGCGCAAACGAAAAAGUCUAUUGAAGAUAGACUAUUCAAUUAAUUUUAGUGCCUAUAGGAAAUUUGUUUGCACGAUGACCAAGGCUUGUACUCAACCAAUUUUCUAAAAUGCCAAUGAUUCCAUCGAAGUGACGUAAGAUUGCAGAUUGCUAAGAAACAGGCCAUCUAGCGACAGUCUGGACGAAACAUCAUGCUUUCUCCUUUAUAAAUACGUAAAACGAGAGAGAUAACAUAAUAUUUUAACCUUGAUCAUGUUAAACCCAGACUGGAGCUAGUGGGCCUUAACUAAGGCCAAGAAUAUUUGGCUAUUUCACUCUGGACUUUAAAAUAAAGAUGCAUGAGUUAGAUGUCUCACCUUUAAAUACAGUGAUACCACCGAGUUUGUGAUUAAAAAUACUCGUUUUUUGCUUUUUCUU